AUGCCGGGGACGGCCAGUAUGCACACAGAUUUCACAGCAGAGGUUUACAUGCUGGAAAUGGAUGAAGGAGGUCGCGCCAGAUCGUUCCCUAACCACUACCAGCCGAAGUUCUCCUUCCAUAGGAUGGACGUGAAAGGUUCCAUCUCGUUUCCAGGGGAGUCGAUACCGGGCGACAACCUGUCGAUCACAGUCAAGCUAAUCGUAUGGACCGUGAUUGAAGAAGGCCUGCACUUUACCAUCCAUGAGGGUGGUAAUAUCCUCGGCUUUGGUGUGACACUGUUUGAUUCAGGCAAGGUCGAUGUUUGCUCAAAAGAUAACCUGGACCGGACGCCACUAUUGCUGGCAAUCCUAAUUGGAGACGAGGCUAUUCUCGACUUGCUUCUCGGCGAAGACAAUAUCGGCGUGGACUCGAAAAAGACUGGCUGGACGCCGUUGUCUAGGGACAACCAGGAACGAACACACUGCAGUUAA